AUGGCUGCCACUCAAACUAUCAGAGUCCCCCACCUGGGCGGUGUUAAGGCAGGCUACGCCUUCGCCAAGGGCCACUAUGAUCAGUCCAAGCCGACCUGCGUGCUCAUCAAUUCGAUGUGCAUGACUGUGUCUCUAUAUCAUGACCAAUUCAACAACGAAGCUCUGACUGAUGCUAUGAAUCUCCUCGCCGUUGAGCCACUAGGCCAUGGCUCGACCAGUUCCCCCUCUGAACACUUUACAUACUGGGAUUCCGCCCACAUGGCCUUGCAGGUCAUGGAUCACUUCGGGAUUCAGAAAGCCUUCGCGCUCGGUACAAGCCAGGGCGGGUGGAUCGUGACCCGAAUGGCCCUGCUAGCCCCCGAUAGGAUCCUCGGUCUCAUGCCCCUCGGAACAUCCAUGGAUUACGAAUCCUUGGAUUCUCGAUCCAAGGGCUGUUGGGAUCCUGCUGCCAAUCUCAUGCCAUUUUAUGAGAAAUGGUCCACCUCUUCGCCUACGCCUGAAUUUGUGGUGGAUGAUGUUUGGUGUGGGCUGGUCGGCGGAAUUGGCUUUGGGGCUACUGGUACGGCCGAGAAAUCUGCCUUCUGGACUCAGACCUUGAAGGAAGUAUACAAGGGUGAUGAGGGCCGGAAGAAGGUCCGAAUGGCGCUCAACUGCUUGUUGGAGAGGGACGGGCUCCUGCUCCGAAUCGGGGAUAUCAAAUGUCCUGUUCAUUGGCUACAGGGAACCGAAGAUGUUCCUUUUGGGACGAUUGUUGCGGCAGAGCAUAUUCAACGUUUCACUUCGUCUGCAGAUGCUAAGCUUGUGAUGAUUCAAGGGGGUGCGCAUUACUUGAAUGCUACCAACCCCAAAGAGGUGAAUGAGGCCCUGCUGGCGAUGGUGACGACGUACAACCGUGACGCUACCGUGUAG